AUGCUACCGGAGAACAACUCAGUUCUGCCGUUUGCCAUCUCACCAAACGAACCGGGAUUCGCUCAGAGUUUCUGUGCUCACCGCAUCAGUCAUCAGGCCAUGGCGAUCUUGCUCUUUCGGAUCUUUGAAAUGCGAUUAUUUCUUUUUUUCUGGCACAAAAUGGUACAAAGCAACAUGAAAAUUGCACGAUUGCUCGUCCUGCUGUCAUCGUCUCGCGAGAUGGUGGUCAAAUUUGGCCGGAUUCAAGCAGCAAAUAUGUGUGUGUCUGUGUGUGUGUGUGUGUGUGUCUCAGGGACUCGGAUCGUCCGGACAUCUGCCCUCUUUACGCCCGGCCGGCAGAGCAGCAGUGAUUGGUUCGCCUUGUCCGGCUGGAUCCGAGCAGUCCUAGUUACCAUGUCCAUUAAGACAAAGUGCACCGUCCCCCGUUUGCCCACACGACCACCCCACCCCCACCCCCACCCCCCCGGUGGCACGGCCGUCGAAGUGGCCGAGAUCGCCGGGACUCUGGCUCAGUCGCGUUGCCAGCCGCCUCGCCGGUCCUGUCGGGAAACCCUUGCUCGGCCCAGUUGGUACCGCGAGCCCGACCCCAAAUCACCUCGUCCCAUGAUCCCACGCCCCCGCCCCCCUCCCUCUGGCCGAGACGGCGUCGAAUCGCCCGAGGCAACGGCAGCCGCGGACUCGGACGCUCGUGGGCUCCGUGCGGAUCGCGAGGCCCGACUUGACAGUCGCGACUCGGUUGGCCGACGCGGCUCGCCGGUCCUCACUCGUCAUUGGUGA